AUGUACGCAAUGGGCCUACUGGGUGUUGCGCCACAGCUGCCGACGAACGCAAGACCGCCAAACGCCACCACUCUCUCCAUCCGAAACGACACAAAAGACACAGGAAAAACCGCUUUCAUCAUGUCGGGGUCAAAUUCUACAGAGGCCAACGGACGGUCCAUGGAGUCGCGAGUUGGCAGAAGUAAACAACCACAUCCGCUGCGCGCGUAUCACUCUCUCAGCACGCCCCUGGGUUUAGAGUCACAGCCUGAGACCCAGGCUGCCGCUAGCACAUUUGUGCAUGCACCAGUAUACUGCGCCCGGCGUCGCUCAUCACAUCAUCUCUUUGACACAAUAUGCGAGUCUCGGAUGCUUCAUCAGCUCGGCGCACUCCGCCACGUGCUUGACGCAAUCCCGCUAACUCUCCCAGGCUACAACUCCAAAGGCUUCAGGCUCGUCGCCGGUGUCGUCCCCCUCUCGCCAGACCAGGAAUUCGUCCUCCUGAUACAGUCAACCCGUCGCAAGGGGUGGGUACUGCCCAAGGGCGGCUGGGAAAUUGACGAGUCGUGCCAGGAGGCCGCCGUCCGCGAGGCUUGGGAGGAGGCCGGCAUCACUAUUGAGGUUGAGUUUGAACUCGGCACUAUCGAGGAGUUGCGCCCUCCCAAAAUGUCCAAGGACCAGAGCCAGUAUCACUUCUUCCAGGGCACCGUCCUCAGCCAGUAUGAGGAAUGGCCCGAGAGCCAUAAGCGCGAGCGCAAGUGGUUCACCUUUUCUCAGGCCAUUGAGGAACUCUCAACCCGACCCGAGCUGCAAGAGGCCUUGAAUCGCUCAGCCAUUAAGAGGCUGUAG